GAAUGUAUUCAAAAUUUGAGCAUGCUGUCAAAGGUUACUGAUUCUGAUGAUAAUGAAAAGAGAGUGUCGGAUGAUGGUUCGGAAUUCUCGAAUAGCAAUUCUUCCGACACAUCAUCCAGUUCUUCUGCAGUCGAAGCUGUGAAGCAACCGAAUACUCUUAAGAAAUGUAUUGGACCCAGCGAUUCAUCAGCGUUUUAUUCUGUUAUUUUGAGGAAAGAACCCUGUUAUCUGACUCCAAACGAGAUUAAGAAAGAUCAAAGCGGAGAUCUAUACUCCCAUCAUUUGUCAUUUGCUGAUCCAUUUAUCGGUAAAAGCUCUUCUGACACAUUGAUGGGAUACUUCGACCUGUAUUUGGCCAGAUUAUGCUCUCUUACAUUAUCCUGUUCACAUCCAUUUACUUUUGUUCCGAGAUUAUUGUUUGUCGGCGGUUUUGUAAAAUCUUUAUGUUGGUGUCCCGUUCAACGGGUGCCAAAUGAUGUCACUCAAUUUGUUACCAAUCUUCAAGAUCGAUCAUAUGUUGCAGUUGCUAUUUAUUCAACUCCCGAUGAUCAGGCUGAAUUCAGUGAUGAAGUGCAUCAAGAAAAGGGCCUUAUACAGAUCUAUAACUGUGGAUAUUUGGAAUUGCAGCCUAAGCAAGUUAUACCCAUUUAA